UAAGUGCUUUUUUUUAAUGCAAAAAGAAAGAAAUAAAAAAAGAGCUACCUAUUUUCCUCAUUCCUGCAGGUGCCCAACCCGAAUGACUUGUUGGAGCGCAUUUUCUGCAUUCUUAAUAGAUAGCCAGCAGGAAAUGCCUCUUAUAGCCGGGGCUGGAGGGGUAGAAAGUAGCGAGGGGAGGGUACAAAAUCCCCAGCCCCAGCUUCCGCAAGCACUGAGCUGCUCCUAGGUGGGCCCAACGACUCAGCAUCACCACACACCUUUGCUCAGCUGUCUCCAUCCAUGGUCAGGAAUUAAGCUGUCCCCUGCCAGUGUUGCUCACCAUGGAAGAGAUGGGGAAGACUGGUGUCCAGCUGCCGAAACCUGUAAAGACUGAGUGGAAUUCCCGGUGUGUCCUGUUCACCUAUUUCCAGGGGGACAUCGGCAGCGUAGUGGACGAACACUUCUCCAGAGCUCUGAGCAAUGUCAAGAGCCCCCAGGCAUGGAGCCCCUUGAACCAGAGCUCAGAUGUGAUCCUGCGGAAUGAUACUGACAUGCCUCCAAAUCAGUGGCGUUUCUCUUCUCCGUGGACCAAGCCAGAGCCAGAAGCAUCUUUUGCAUAUGGUGCCACCAACUGCGACUUGCACGGGCCCAGUCUCCUGACUCCGGAUCAGUACCCAGUGUCCCUGGCGGGGAGCCCCUCCGUUGAGUCUGACGAGCUGUGGCACUACCCCUCCCUAGGCAGCCCCAGCUCCUCAGAGCUUGGCUACCCUCAGGCCUACUCCAGUGGGCACAUGGUUCCAGAGCCCCAGCCUGAUGAGAAGUACGAGCCCUUCCUAAGUGUCCUCCAACAAGACCGACACCUAGUCCAUCCUCCGGAAUCUGCAGUGUGGGAGGAUUGCAGCUCUGCCCAGGUAGCCAGAAGCGUGGGAUUGCUCUGCGACUUGUCCUCCAGCUCAGCGCACGAUAAGAAAAUAUAUUUCCCCCCAGAUGGUGGACCUGCCAUUGCCAACCUUGCAAGUGAAAAAAACCAGUCUCCAGAACGAAGAAAUAUGUUCUUUUAUUGAACCUCAGUCCGAAGAAGAGAAUUCCUUUUUCCAAGCCUGCUUGUGAUUUUCUACUGUGAACCUAGAGGGUCUAGAGACCGCACCGUCCUUUUCCUCUUUCUGUCACCUGUUUCCCCUUAAAAUUCAACGCUUCUCUUGCUUGGCAUUUAUGCGCUGCGGCAGGCGUUUUCAGACUUCAGUGACUCCCCAGCGCAUGAUAUGGUUAAAAGAGCAGUUCAGGGAUGGGAACCAUAGAGGACUCCCCCCCUGCCUGCUUCUCCUACCUUCCCUGCACCUACUGCCCUCCUACUUAGAAAUCAGUCCCCUUACCCUCUACCAGCAGGGUCUUUCAAACCAAGACUGACCACGUGGUGUCCUAUGGGGUUGUCCCACUUUGCUAAUUGAAUGGAGGAGAUAGCAGGAAGGGCCCAAAGCUUUUUAACCUUAACCCAGACUAUGGCCACCUGCCCUCCUGCCUCUACCAAAGGCAAAAUGAAAAUGGGGUGGGCAAGACCCAUUGAAGAAGUUGAGGCUGGGUAUUCCCUGCAUCUUCAGAGUCUGGAAGGAAGCUGAGAAAGUUUGGGAAGGCACUCAUGAAUGAGGUCCUUUCGCUUGGGAUUUCUGAUUCCUCAAUUCUUAAAAAAAGUGAUUCCCAAUGGAGUUGCUGAGAAAUCUGAGAACUAACUUAUUGGAAAUUAGUUAGCAGACUGCCCCAUUCUGGGCUGGGCCUAGACUAAGUUCUGUGCCAAGAGCAUUUCUUAGUUGCGGAUCCAUGAGUUUCUUUCUGCCCUCACUUUGAGGGCAGGACUCUGGCAUCUGACCUCCCACGGGUGUUCAUCUGGACCUUGGUGACAACUUCUAGCCGAACACAGGGGCCCACCUGGCUUCCACAAACAAGGAAGCCUUCCCUUUAGCUCUUUCACCGUUAGUGACAUCUGGGAACCAUUAGAUCGUUUCAGCACAGAGCCGUUGGGGCCACCCAUGUGGAUAGCCACAGCAUCUUAGACAAAUUGGAGGGGAAAGACAAGGCUUCAUCUAAGACAUGGCAGCAGGACCUCCCUACAGAUUGUUCCAGAUCAAAAUGACACAUUUCUUCAAACUCCUUCAUGUCUCUAAUCUAGUAGACCGCCUUGUGGCCAGUGUGAGCUUGGCACUUAGACUGUGACAACCCCAGAAGCCCCUGCUGUCAAUGUUCGCCAUCCAUGCAGCACCCCUCCCCCCUGCUUGCUCCUGUGUCAUAGCUCGGAGGGUGGAUAAUAAAACUACUCUUUUGGGUUAUGCUAUUCUUGGU